UGUCGCUGUUUAAAAAGACGCUGAAACGUCACACGUGCGACGUAGAGGUGAGAGGUCAGAGCGUCGUCCUGCGUACACGGGAGAAUGACAACAUUACGAGCUUUCACCUGCGAUGACCUGUUUAAAUUCAACAAUAUUAAUCUGGACCCCUUGACAGAAACUUAUGGAAUUCCCUUCUAUCUUCAGUAUUUGGCUCACUGGCCGGAGUACUUCAUAGUAGCAGAGGCUCCAGGAGGUGAACUGAUGGGCUACAUCAUGGGAAAGGCAGAGGGGUCCGUCGCUAGAGAGGAAUGGCACGGGCACGUCACUGCUCUCUCUGUGGCACCGGAGUUCAGGCGGCUGGGUCUGGCUGCUAAACUCAUGGAGAUGCUAGAGGAGAUCUCAGAAAGGAAGGGCGGAUUCUUCGUGGAUCUCUUUGUGCGAGUUUCUAAUCAAGUUGCAGUGAAUAUGUACAAACAGCUCGGCUACAGCGUGUACCGAACCGUUAUAGAGUAUUACUCGGCCAAUAACGGUGAACCUGAUGAAGAUGCUUACGAUAUGAGGAAAGCUUUAUCCAGAGACACAGAGAAGAAAUCCAUAAUCCCGCUUCCGCAUCCAGUCCGGCCAGAAGAUAUUGAAUAACACUAACAUGUGGCUCUCUGAAAUCCUCAACAUCUAACUGG